UUUGGCCAACGACACAUAAGUCAGCAGAUUUUUUUGGUUGUGGUAAUCAGAUAAUGGCGGAAACAGCAAGUCGACAGUUUUCGGGCCGGUUGCUCAUUCGCUGCCAACCAGGGUCCCUCACGGCAGAGGCCUCCAACUGCAUGGGGCCGCGGGAAAGAGGGGAUAAGGAGAGCCACGGUCCUCUUGAUAUAUCUGUGCUAUACAACUAUGUCCAUCUUAAAAGGCUGGAGUUGCCGUACAACAACAUUAAAGCUGACAUGAAGUAUGUAUUUCCCUUAUUUAACAAACUGCAAGACUUAUCCUGCAUCAGCCACAUGCCAUACCUUGUCCUCCUGGAUGCUUCUCACAAUGAAAUCUCCACCUUCUUUGAAUUCGAGCCACCCAAGAACCUACAGGAGGUCAAUCUUGCCCAUAACUGUAUAGCAGAAAUGAAGGAUUUGGCAGGCUAUGCGUCCCUGUGUAAACUGAAUCUGGACUACAACAAACUGAGUGAGGUCACAGGUCUUCAACAAUGCUGCAGACUCACUCAUCUCAGUGUGGCACACAACAGGAUCUCAAGGAUCAGAAGCUUGGACGGUCUCCCUCUCACACACCUAUGUCUUAGGGGGAACCAGCUGGAAAGGAUUGAAGGGUUAGAGAAUGUGAAGUGCCUGCAGGUUCUUGAUUUGUCUUUGAAUUACAUUACCAGUCUUACAGGCCUCCAGAACCUCCAUAUUCUAUGCUCUGUCGACCUGGAGAAAAAUCAGAUAAAUGAAAUUGAAGAGUGUAAGCAUAUUCAUGAACUCUCCCUGCUGAGGGACCUUAAUCUGCUUGAGAACCCUGUUCAGAAUCAGCCUGAUUAUAGACUGGCAGUCAUAUUCCUCCUUCAACAUCUGACUGUGUUGGACCGAGAGGAAAUUGCUGCUGAAGAAAAGGUUGUUACAGUAAACAAAUAUGACCCUUCACUGGAUUUGGUGGCAGCCAGGGAUCACAUGACCCAACUGGUGCAUCAGUUGAUGCAGCCUCAGAUUCUUUAUGAUAGUACACCGAUCAGUGCAGACUCGCCCUACCCUGUGAUAGUGCUGACGGGUCCCCAAGGCUGUGGAAAGAGAGAGCUGGCUCACAGGCUGUGUCAGGACUUCAGUGAAUACUUUGGAUAUGGAAUCUGUCACACCACACGGCGGCCCUACUGUGGAGAGAAGGAUGGAAUUGAUUACCAUUUUGUGAGUGAGGAAGACUUUCAGAGAACAAUUUACAUGGGUAAGUUUAUCCAGUCCAUGCGGUAUGGGGGUCAUCGAUUCGGCCUCACCAGAGACGUUAUAGACGACUUGGCCAGAGAGGGACUUGCCUGCUGUCUGCAUAUGGAGCUGGAGGGCAUUUUUGGUCUGAAGAAGAGCUACCUUGAGCCUCGUUACAUCCUGCUCAUCCCCGCCCAGGUAGAGAAGUACAUAGGCCAACUUAAAAGCUGUGGACUCUAUACCCCAGCACAGAUUGAUGUUGCAGUGUCACGUAUAGACCUCUACGCCUCAACCAACAAGCAACAAAUGGGAUUCUUCGACGAUGUUAUUCAUUGCGAUGACUUAGAGGAAGCCUACCAGACACUGCAGCACAUAGUGAAGGACUUCCUUUUGCUGGACGAGGAGGAGGAGGAGGAAGACGACAACAACAGCAGCAACCCAUCCCUUGAAAGCACCUCCACAGGUAAUGAUCCAGAGGAGAAACGUCCCUCACCACUGCUGGGGUCAGGGUCACUUAUAUCAGACUCUGUAUCAGCUGUGAAGCCCUCAGACUCUUCUUAUAGACCAUAUCUUACUAAGAUCCAUACAGACCUCAGCCCUGAGAAGUACUCUGCUGAGCUAGCGUCCGUGAAGAGACGAGAGCAGCUGGUGAGGGAGGCCAUAGUGGGGAGGAGUCCAGGGGUCUACAGCCAGCUUUUUAAGAGCCCUACUCAGACUGCACAAUUGUCGCCAUCAUCACUAGAUAAUCAGGAUCCUGGUGGAUCUCAGGAAAUGAGCAGCUCAAGUGAUUCUCGUGCCAGUUCAGCUCUUUCUUUUCCCAUUUCGACUGGGGCUUUAGUGGAACCUCUGGAUAUGCCUGUCAUGGAACACACCCUGGGAACUGUGAAAGACCACACAGCAUCAGGUCAGACAUCCGAUGGUCUGCAUCCAACAGCCGAUCACCUUCCUGUGAUUGAGUCGCCUCCCUCUGACGGACGACCAUUAUUCAACAUUAAACUUGUCCUACCACCAAUCCCUGAUAGACGUAAGACCUCUGCAGCCCCAAGUUCAUCAGAGUCACUCAAACUCAGCCCAAGCCAACCUCUUUAAAAGGGAGGGAUGUUAAAAGGGAAGGAUGGUUUAUCUUAUAACUGAAAAAAGUGUAAAAUAUUUUACUGCUUUUUGUAUCAAUAAUUGUUAUUUUGCCUCUUG